CGUCAAGAGUGCACCAACGUCAAACCACAUGGGGUCAAAUUGAAAUUUCCUCUAAAAUUUAACCCUCCACUGCCAUUUCAAGAACUACUGGAGGCCUCUGCAAUAACAACAACCGCCAAGGGCAGUAGCGUAAUUUAAUCCAGAAGGUUUGAGUAAAAGCUGCAAAACGAAUGUGAUAAAUUUUCCACUUCCAUUUCGAUCCCUAGCCCGCCAACGCUAUCGAGGUAUUCAUUUGAAACAGCAUUUCCCUCCUCCACUCUCUCUCUCGCUCAUACCCCCACUUUCUCUCUCUACAUCGGCGGCCACCGAAGCCAGAGCCCACUCACCAAGCCUGCACCACUCACCAGAGACCGAUAACGCUCAAAUCUCCAUCGUCACCGGUUUUGAUUACAGGGCCACAGUCGUACAAUGAAGCAGCAGCACUGAAGUUAACGAGGUUAAUGAGAUGCCUUCACUGAUGACUAAAGGAAAUUAAGCAAGGCAAGACCAAUCAAUACGGAUUUCGUACUCCUGAUGAUACUGUGAGGAGAAUUACAUUUGGCAAGUUGCUGUUUCUGGAUGCAAUUUCAAGCGGUGAACCAUAAGUUGCAUUAGGCAAAGAUGUUAAGUAAUGAUGAACCAAAAGCACACGAGUGGAGGCAAUUCAGUUGGAGGUACUAAAUGUGUUGAUAAACCUCUGAAAGUUAACUGGCUGCAACAUGCUAAUGCACAUGACAGCUUUUCAAACCAAAAGGAGUUAUUGAGUUCAAAUUUUCUUUUCUCAUUGUCAAAACAAAAACCACUUACUGAAGAAUCCACAAGCGCAAGGUUGAUGGCUUGUCAAGUUCUGAAUCUUCCAAGUGUGCAGAGAACGCAAAUUGAUAAGGCUUGGCAGGUUCUUUCCAGUGGUCAAUUGUCUUGCAGGAACUAUGUAAAACCUGGAAAAACUGUACCAGUUCUUAAGGAUGUUAGUAAUCAUUCAUCACAGAAUGUUAGAAGAACUACCCAGCAAAGCCCAUCUGACAUAGAGAACAAAUUUUCUGGACAUAUGGCAACACACAAGGACUCAAGUGGAACAAAUGCAAAAUUUAGUAGUGAACCCACAAAGUGCAUGGGCAAUUCUUUUCCAUUUCAUCCAAGUGAAGUGGAUGAAGCUGGAAAGGUUGCAAGGGGGCAAAAUGAGGGGUACAGGUCAACAGUCAACAGUUUCCAUGCACAAACUACAAAUGAAACUUUUGGCAAUCAUAUGGCGCAUACAAACCAAGCUAACGGACUAUCUCAUGCCUGUGCUGAUGAUGAUGACAUACUUGAGAAUAUUGACGUGGACCAAAUAGUUAUGGAACACUACCAAUCGACUUGUACACCUCAACCGUCAAUUUCAAAGCUUCCACCUAUUACUCCAACUGUAGAUAGAAAUGAUGCUUUGAGAAAUGAGGAGACAUGUUUGCCAUCGGAAUUGUGCUUGAACUGCAGUCAUGGUUUUAGGCUAGGACUGUGUCCAGAAGCCUCAAAUCAUUUGCAAGAUAUGAAGGACAUGCUAAUUGCCAUAUCAAAUGAUCUUCUCGACAAUGUUGACUUGAGUACAGAUCAGAUAGAUAAGCUUCGCCAAGAUAGGUUGCAGCUGAAUAAGCAAGUUCAACAGCUUGAGAAAUAUCUUCGAAAUACGUCAGUUAAUGAUGAAAGACAAAAAUCCCAGUUUUCUGCAUCCACAGCCCCACCUAGGGCUUUUCAAUAUGAUACCCCUCCAACAUCUGCAUUCAGGAUUGACUCCAUGAGAUCCGAUGCCCAGUCUUACAUCUCUAACGGGCCAAAUGGAAAUGAUAGGUGGAAUUCAUUCUCUUCCGUGGAUGGGUUUGGUGCUUCCACAUUCCCUGUGGAGCGAGAACAGUUUAUUCCGAAGUAUUCUGAUGUCAAUUAUAUAGAAGGUUCAAAUGACAAAAAUUGGAGUAGACGGGAUUUCCCUUGGACAAAUAAACUGGAGGAAUGUAACAAGACAUAUUUUGGAAAUCACUCCUUUCGCCCCAAUCAGAGGGAGGUGAUCAAUGCUUCAAUGAGUGGGCAUGAUGUUUUUGUUUUGAUGCCAACUGGAGGAGGAAAAAGCCUGACAUAUCAGCUCCCUGCUCUUGUUUAUCCAGGAAUAACGUUGGUAAUUUCACCUCUCGUGUCACUCAUCCAAGAUCAAAUAAUGCAUCUAUUGCAGGCUAAUAUACGUGCUGCUUAUUUAAGUGCAAAUAUGGAAUGGAGCGAGCAACAGGAGAUUCUCAGAGAGCUUUGCUCAGAUUAUAGCGACUACAAGCUUUUAUACGUCACACCCGAGAAAGUUGCCAGGAGUGAUGUUCUGAUACGAAAUUUGGAGAGCCUACAUGCUCGUGAAUUGCUUGCUCGGAUUGUUAUUGAUGAAGCUCAUUGUGUAAGCCAAUGGGGCCAUGAUUUCAGGCCAGACUAUCAGGGUCUUGGUAUCUUGAAACAGAAGUUUCCCACUACACCAGUGUUGGCUUUGACUGCAACUGCCACAGCUAGUGUCAAAGAAGAUGUAGUGCAGGCUCUUGGUCUUGUUAACUGCAUUGUUUUUCGGCAAAGUUUCAACCGUCCAAAUUUGCGGUAUUCUGUGUUUCCCAAGACAAAAAAAUGUGUUGAAGACAUUGACAAUUUCAUUAGAGAAAAGCAUUUUGAUGAAUGCGGAAUUAUAUAUUGUCUCUCAAGAAUGGACUGUGAAAAAGUUGCUGAAAAAUUGCAGGAAUGUGGGCAUAAAGCAGCUUUUUACCAUGGGAGUAUGGAUCCUGCUCAACGUGCUUUUGUUCAGAAACAGUGGAGCAAGGACGAGAUCAAUGUUAUAUGCGCAACCGUGGCAUUUGGAAUGGGUAUCAACAAACCAGAUGUUCGCUUUGUUAUUCAUCACUCCCUCCCUAAAUCCAUAGAAGGCUACCAUCAGGAAUGUGGUCGGGCUGGCAGAGAUGGUCAGCUUUCAUCUUGCAUUUUGUAUUACAGUUAUAGUGAUUAUAUCAGACUUAAGCAUAUGAUCACUCAAGGAGCUGCGGAGCAAAGUCCUUGGACAUCUGGUUCUAAGAGCACAAAUAUGGGUAAUCCAGGAAGGAUACUCGAAACAAAUACUGACAAUAUCCGGAGAAUGGUCAGUUACUGUGAAAAUGAUGUGGAUUGCCGACGUCUCCUGCAACUUAUUCAUUUUGGGGAAAAAUUUGAUUCUCUCAACUGCAAAGGAACAUGUGACAAUUGUUCCAAGACAAAAAGCUUUAUUGAGAAGGAUGUCACUGAGAUUGCAAAGCAUUUGGUUGAAAUAGUGAAGUCAACAGGGCAACAUUUCUCAUCGUCUCAUAUCUUGGAAGUCUACAGGGGUUCCUUAAACCAAUUUGUGAAGAAACACAACCAUAAUACUUUGAAGCUGCAUGGGGCCGGAAAACAUCUUGCCAAAGGUGAAGCUUCCCGCAUAUUGCACCAUCUUGUUGUAGAGGAUUUUCUAGUGGAGGAUGUAAAGAAAAGCGAUGUUUAUGGAUCCAUAUCAUCUGUAAUAAAGGUGAAUGCAUCGAAGGCUUACAAUCUCAGCGUUGGUGGCCAGAAAAUCACAUUAAGAUUCCCUUCCUCCAUUAAUGCAUCAAAACAGAGUAAAUCUGGAGCAACUCCAGCUAAAGGCUCGCUAAUAUCUGGAAGGCAAAGUCCUCCACUUAGGGAGACUCCUCUCCAACCUCUACGCGAAGUUGACUCGAACCUCUCAGCCAUACUGUAUACUGCUCUGCGGAAGCUUCGAACUCUUCUUCUUAAAGAAGCUGCAGAAGGGGUCAAUGCAUACCAUAUAUUCGGAAACUCCACGCUGCUCAAUAUCAGCAAGAGAAUUCCCAGAACUAAGGAAGAACUUCUUGAGGUUAAUGGCAUCGGCAAUGUGAAGUUAAGCAAGUAUGGAGAUCGGGUGUUGGAAACGAUUGAAGCUACAAUCAAGGAAUACUACGGGGCAGAGAAAAACAGCAGCGGUAGUAAUGGCAGUUCUGAUUCUGCGAAGAGGAGAAGAGACGGGGCUAAGGUUUUGGGUGGAGGUUCUAAAGAUGAUGGUAAUUUCAUGGAAAGCACUGGACGUUCGAAGAAAAGAGUAAUGAAAAAGCCAAUCAUAAGUCCCCAGUUUGUCAAUUUUAGUGAGUCGGACUAUCAUGACGACUCUCUGAAUGAUCCUGAUUUUGAUGGUUCCGACUUUGACAUCGAAAAUAAUUUCUCGGAUCCACCGGUCGGCCAGAACGGAGGAAGAGUCUUACCCUCAUGGUCAAUGCCACUGCCAUGAAACAGAGGGCAUAUCCCCGUUCCAUUUGGCUAGUUAAAUUAUCAUCGGCAUUUCACGUUUCAUCUUUGCUUCCUUUUUAGGGUGAAUCUGUCUUGCCAAUACAUUUUAUGCUGCUGGAACAAGUUUCUCGUUCCACGGGUGUGAUCGAGAACAUGGGUUUACUGUAUGUUUAUCAAAGCGCGGUGACAUAUAGCAGUUCUGUAUGUAACAGGAUGGUGUAUCUUAAACUUGCUGCCAGUAUUCACAGUUGAUGGGGAAGAUAAUUCUAGAAUAGAAUUUGUUCGUUUC